AUGUCAGCCUUGGACGUUGAGGCUUUGCUCGAUUCGACAGCAAAUGCCUCUCCUAAGGAUCAGAACGGAUCCGCGAAGCUGAAGGACGGAGAUGAUCGCCAUAAAGCAGAACGAAACGAACGGCGCGAUAAAGAUCGGACUCGUGACGCCAGCCGGGACCGCGACAGAGACCGAAAACGACGGGACCGAAGCCGAGACAGAGUUCGCAGGGAGACAAAUGGGGAUAAGGAAUUGAUUGGUACCCCUACAAGUGACCACGGUAGCGCUCAUGGAAGUGUCAAGAGUAGGCGUAGGAGCCGAAGUCGAGAUGAUGACCGUCGACCCUCAAGGCGCCACCGAGACAGCCCCGAUGAGGCCGGCCGUCGAGAUGGAGACUACUAUCGAGGCGGCGGCCGUGCACGCACACGAUCCAGGAGCCCAAACAGAUACUAUCGCCCGCGUGGUGACCGUCAUGACCGUGAGGAUAUGGAGAAGCCAAGAGAUGACCGCCGUGGCCGGAAUGACGGCCGCCGUGCCAGUAGGAGCCCAAAGCGAGAAGGCACACCUCCUUUGACAGAGGAUGAGCGCGAUCGUCGGACUGUUUUUGUCCAGCAACUUGCUGCUCGUCUUAGGACUAAAGAACUUAUAGCUUUCUUCGAAAAGGUCGGUCCAGUCAAGGAGGCUCAGAUCGUCAAGGAUAGAGUUAGUGGCAGAUCUAAAGGUGUUGGCUACGUUGAGUUCAAGAACGAAGAAUCGGUUCCUGCUGCUAUCCAACUCACAGGUCAAAAACUCCUAGGAAUCCCUAUUAUCGCUCAGCUUACCGAGGCUGAGAAGAAUCGACAAGUCCGCAACCCCGAAAGCAGUGGCAGUAAUCCGAAUCAGAUUCCCUUCCAUCGACUUUAUGUGGGUAAUAUACAUUUCAGCAUCACUGAAAGCGAUCUACAGAAUGUUUUUGAGCCUUUUGGCGAGCUUGAAUUUGUUCAGUUGCAAAAGGAAGAGCAAGGCCGAAGUCGAGGUUAUGGAUUCGUACAGUUUCGUGAUCCAAACCAAGCUCGUGAAGCGUUGGAGAAGAUGAACGGGUUUGAUCUAGCGGGUCGCCCAAUUCGAGUUGGUCUUGGAAACGAUAAGUUUACUCCUGAGUCUACAGCCAGUCUGCUGCAGAGAUUCCAAGGCCAGAGCCACCAACAACAAUUCCAGGGUUCUGCAUUCUCCGGAUCUGGCGGACGAGGUCCACAAGCAGCCAGCGGUAGCAAUUUUGAUCGAGCAGGCGGUCGUGAUAACGACAAAGGUACCGGCGGCGCCAGUGCUCUGGAUGAUACAGAUGUUGGUGGUGUAAACUUCAACAAUUAUAGUCGAGAUGCAUUGAUGAGGAAGCUUGCCAGAACCGACGAGCCACCUGCGACUAACGGACGUGAUGAAAGACGCGAAGUAUUGAAGCCCAAGACAGAGACCAAACCCCUACCAGUCAAUGUCAACAUGGCAAGCAGAUGCGUUGUUCUAAAGAACAUGUUUGAUCCUGCAGAGGAAGAAGGUGAUAGCUGGGUAAAGGAGCUGGAAGAUGACGUCCGCGCAGAGGCGGAAGAGAAAUAUGGCCAUGUUGUUCACAUUGCUCUAGAUCCGAACUCCCAAGGCGAUAUCUACCUGAAAUUCGAUCGGGUCCAAGGAGGCGAGAACGCCAUCAAGGGUCUGAACGGCAGAUACUUUGGCGGUCGGAUGAUCAGCGCUACUCCUGUUGUGGAUGCGGUCUACAGCAGGGCGCCUCUGAUCUUGAUUUCAGUAGUCAUCGUGCCCUCCUCGACGGCACCACUUCUUCUAGCAAUCAACUCCUACCCGAACGAUAACACUCGACGACUUCCUCCUAUAUUAGCCUGCCUCAACGUCAGCCUCGGUCCCAAGGAUUCGACCCCACAAAUUGUGAACUGGCAUUUAUGUCUCGAGAGCGUUGCUGAUUUCGUUCACUUGCAGGGACUUCUCAUAGAAACGAUUUGA